CUUACCCCUUCCUAUCAUAGACGGAAGACCAAGAUAUAUACCUGUAUUAAAAAACAUUAAACAUAUUUUUUUGAGUAUUUAUAUGUCUCUCUAUGGUUAAUAAUAAGUAAACCACGUUGUCUAAUCUCCACACCACACUCUUCUCCGCCGCCGCUACUGUUCUUCUAACUCAGCCACCGUCACUUCUGACUGAUAACCACACCAAAAAACCCUAAUUUACAACCAUGCCGGCGGCGUGUACUGGGGUUACAAUGAUGGGUUCUUUGCAACAACCCCUUUGGACAAAGUUGCAUAAUUUCUCUGGGUAUACCACUACUACUAAUGGUUUUAAACCUCAACAAAUCAAUUUCAACAAUACUUUGAAGCCUUGUAAAGUUUCUCAUGUUGAAGGAACUUUAGUCACUGGAAAUACAUCACCUUUCUCCUCUGUCCCUCAAAUUGGAGGUGAUGGAGCUAGCUUCUUGGACUAUGGCUUGAGUGAAGCUGAUCCUGAUGUUCAUGAGAUAAUCAACAAGGAAAAGGACCGUCAAUUUAAAAGUCUUGAACUUAUUGCUUCUGAGAAUUUUACAUCUAGAGCUGUGAUGGAAGCAGUUGGCUCAUGCCUCACAAACAAGUACUCGGAAGGUUUGCCGGGUAAAAGGUAUUAUGGUGGCAACGAGUACAUUGACGAGCUUGAAAUCCUAUGUCAAGAAAGGGCACUUGCUGCAUUUCAUUUAGACAGUAACAAGUGGGGUGUAAAUGUUCAACCCUUAUCUGGUUCCCCGGCUAAUUUUGCAGUAUACACUGCAAUUCUUAAACCACAUGAUCGGAUAAUGGGUUUGGAUUUGCCUCAUGGGGGCCAUUUAUCUCAUGGAUUCAUGACACCUAAAAGACGUGUAUCUGGCACAUCAAUUUACUUUGAAUCUAUGCCUUAUCGACUUGAUGAAUCAACAGGUCUUAUUGAUUAUGAUAUGCUGGAGAAAACUGCUGCUCUCUUCCGACCAAAACUCAUUAUUGCUGGUGCUAGUGCUUAUCCUCGAGACAUUGAUUAUGCCCGCUUUAGAAAAAUUGCAGAUUCAGUUGGUGCUUUCCUUAUGAUGGAUAUGGCUCACAUUAGUGGGCUUGUUGCUGCAUCUGUUCUUGCUGAUCCCUUUGAGUUCGUUGAUAUUGUGACCACCACAACCCACAAGUCUUUGAGAGGUCCUAGAGGUGGUAUGAUAUUCUUCAAGAAAGAUGCUGUGCAUGGAGUUGAUCUGGAGUCUGCCAUUAACAAUGCUGUUUUUCCUGGUCUACAGGGAGGUCCACAUAACCACACAAUUGGAGGACUAGCUGUUUGUUUGAAGUAUGCCCAAUCUCCAGAUUUUAAAAAUUACCAAAACCAGGUCGUUGCUAAUUGUAGAGCUCUUGCUCGCCGAUUAACUGAACAUGGAUAUAAACUGGUUUCUGGUGGCAGUGACAAUCACCUGGUUCUUGUUGAUUUGAGGCCAUCUGGUAUUGAUGGUGCUCGGGCGGAGAAAAUUCUUGACAUGGCUUCUAUAACCCUCAACAAGAAUUCAGUGCCUGGUGACAAAAGUGCUCUAGUUCCGGGAGGCAUUCGCAUUGGAUCACCUGCAAUGACAACAAGAGGACUUGGUGAGAAAGAAUUUGAACUAAUUGCAGACUUGAUUCAUGAGGGUGUGCAGAUAAGUCUUGAAGCCAAAAGUUUGGUCUCAGGAACUAAGGUUCAAGAUUUUACGAACUUUGUGUUAUCUCCUGAUUUUCCUUUGGGAGACAAGGUUUCAGAUUUGCGGAGGAGAGUUGAAGCUUUUGCUACUCGGUAUCCUAUUCCUGGAGUCUAAUCCUACUUAAUGAGUGCCAAAGACUCUUUUAGGACACUGUUGAAAAUUUUGAUAUGAUAAUAAUUACAUGUUUUAUUUUUGUGUUGAUGUUAAUAUUGGUAAUUUUACGUUUUCUGGCAAAAUGUGGCUUCUAAUGGAAUUGCUCUAAUUGCAUCCUAGAACUACUUUUUAGUUCUUUGCUUGUCUAAAACCAAUGCUUAUCAAGGUUUUAUUGUUGCAUUA